CCAACAAUUUAGUCGUCGACGGACUUCGACAAUCUUAUUAAAAGCCAAGUCUACACUGAUAGACAAUCGUCCACAGACACGUGUCGCAGCCGAUCAGCGGCAGACAAAAUUCAAGUCCAGAAACAGUUUGCGUAUAAAAGCUCCGUCCACACUGGCGGAUAAUUGUCGACAAGCAUACGUCAUCCGGGGAGAAUUCUCGACACGGCGGUAUUUGCGCGUCGAAAGUGAAAAUAUUUUUUAUCAGAGAAAGUGAAAAAUAUUUUUUAUCGGAGAAGCUUUCUUAUUUACUUGUGGCAUGUUGCAGAUAUAGUGACAUACAUGUACAUAUACAGUUACCGACAUAUGUAUAUGCUAAUUCAAACUUCGAUGGAUAAAUAAGGACACGGUACACAGCGAAACCAGUGACGAAGGUUAGGCAUGAGUUCGUGCAAGGGAUACGAACAGCCGAUUCUCGCAAACGAGGAAGAAUACGAACAAAUGAUCCUGCGGUAAUUUCAAUGAGCAUCAAAAUUAAAGUCCAAAGAGGAAGACCGGGAUUCAACGAGAUUCGUCGGUGUCCAUCGAGAUUCGCUAAUCUUAGAAACUAAGAGGACAAAAUGGCAAGAGGCUGUUGUUGCGAUCAUUACGCAAAUGAUAUCGACGUUAAACGUGUGGAAGCCAACGAUGAUUGAGAAGGCAACGUGUGCCGGCUGAACGAUAUAUCAGAUAAACAAACAGCCGACAAUUGAGUCGCCGUCAAGCAUCGCAUAGUCUGCCCAUCGAAUUUGUUUUGACGAUAUCGCAGAACUGAAACAUGGCUACCUUGGUAAUUGCGGAUUACGCGGUGAUCGCAAUUACGAUGCUCAUUAGUUCAGGAAUUGGUGUGUAUUACUGGCUCACCGGAGGGAAACAGAAAUCGACGGAGGAGUAUUUCAUGGCGGACAGAUCGAUGGGAGUGGCACCAGUCGCAAUAGGUUUAAUGGUUUCGUACCUAUCUGCGGUUAGUUUGUUGGGAGUAAGCUCAGAAAAUUACGUGUAUGGUACUCAGUACGCUGUGAUCAACAUUUCUUACGGACUUGCUACUCCCUUCGUCGCUUACUUAUACAUGCCGGUAUUUUUCAAACUUGGCAAUGCCAGCGCCUUUGAGUAUUUGUACAAACGUUUUGGCAAAGCGGCGAGGCUGGCAGGAAGCUUCGCUUUUAUGCUUCAGCUGCUUCUGUACAGCGGUGUAGUGCUGUACGCACCCGCACUUGCUCUAGAAGCUACCACAGGUAUCUCGACAACUGCAAGCGUAAUCGGCAUGGGAUUAGUCUGCACGUUUUAUUCGACGAUAGGCGGUAUCAAGGCAGUCCUCGUUACUGACAUAUUUCAGAGUCUCUUGAUGCUGAUAGCCGUUAUCUUGGUGAUCGUUACAGCAGCCGUGAAUGUCGGAGGUCUCGAUCAGAUAUGGGAGAUUGCUCUUCAAGGGUCGCGAAUAGAAUUCGAUAGCAUUUCAAUGGACCCAACGGUGCGACACACCUGGUGGAGCUUGACAUUUGGAGGUUUCUUCACCUACCUUUCCUUGUACGGCACCAACCAAGUUCAAGUUCAGAGAAUGCUAACCAUCAAAAACGUGAAGGACGCGCAAACUGCCAUUUGGUGGAGCUGGCCAUUGUCUUCGCUGAUGUCUCUGGGCCUAUGCUUUGCCGGUUUGGCGAUAUAUACCAAGUAUCGUGAUUGCGACCCCCUUCAGGCCGGAAGAAUCAACUCGUACGAUCAAUUAAUGCCGCUUUACGUGAUGGACAUGCUCUCCGAGUAUCCAGGUGUGCCAGGACUUUUUAUAGCCGGCAUCUUCAGCGCCGGACUCAGCACCAUCUCCGCCACGGUGAAUUCCCUAGCCGCCGUUAUGCUCGAAGAUUUUAUCAAACCCGUAUAUCGUUUUCGGGGCAAGGAGAUUACCGCAACCGGAUCGAUCAUAGUCAGCAAGAUUCUGGCUUUUAUAGUCGGUAUCGCUUGCAUAGGAUUGGCAUUUAUGGGUCGAUUUCUUGGCGGGCUUCUUCAGGCUGCUUUGACGAUUUUCGGCGUGGUCGGUGGUCCCGUGUUCGGCAUGUUCACUUUGGGCAUGUUCACGCGGUUGGGAAAUCAGAAAGGAGCCAUCAUCGGCCUCUUGACUAGCCUCGUUUUCUCUUUAUGGAUCGGUUUCGGUCAGCCAAAGCCACCGAUUCCAAACAAAGUGAACGUCACCGCCUUAAACUGUAGCUACGCCGAUGCAUAUUACGAUCAUGAGAAAUCGUCGAAUUUGCAUUUCGAAUACCAGCAAAAUAACAAUGACUCGUACUUCUACCUCUACCGCAUUUCCUACAUGUGGUACUGUCCACUAGGAAGUUUGAUCAGUUUCGUAGUAGGAUGGAUUUCCAGUUGGAUCUUGAAUUUAAUUUCGCGUAAAGAAUCCAAGACUACGCAGUCAGAACUUUUCACACCGACCUAAUAAUCGUGACUAUGUAGAGAAGAAUCGAGAAAUUCGAAUGAAAAUGAACAGUAGCACCGCGUACGUACGCUGAUUCGCGUAACGAGUGACGCAACAGACAUCUACGAACGAACUUGUUCACAUACAUACGUACAUUCAUACAUACACACAUAAUUUUACGAUAACGAAUAAUCACUAUCGUCUUCUAAAUAUCCUACGAUUUCCACUGGCGGUCGAGUUACCAUUAAUCGGUUGCGUUAUACAAUUUUUAAACGGACGAUCGCUCCUUAGAAGAUACUGCCUCGUCAUCCUAUAAUUUCCAACAUCGUCAUGAACAACGUAUGUCUCUGGUAUUUCUGCGACUAAAAAUUACACGUCUCCCCGUACAAGAAAACAGAGCUAACUUAUCGAUCGUUUAUUUGCAACGCGCUAUGGCUCGCACAAGUCUCGCGAUUGGCCUUCACCUAAAAACAACCGAAACAAAGCCCAAAUCCGUGCAACAAGCUAUCCGUAACGUCUGUCUUGUCUCAACAAAAAUCUGAUCGUAUCUUGAAAAAAAAAAAGAAAAGAAAAAUAGAACAUGUUAGGUAGAAUAUGUCAACUAACGAAAAGCUAGGUGCCAUUCGAAAAAGUAUAUAGAAGAUCUGUCGGAGAGAUAGAUCGGACGAAAUCGCGGUCGAUACAACACGUACUCGGUUUCCUUUCGGAAUUCCGAUUAUCGUCACGAGGCGUCAACCUCUUCUCCUUCUCUGCAAUGAGGAGUAGACGUAAACACUACUCGAACCACGGGUGUGCUGAACGUUUACCGAAACGUUCGCAAAUCACGAUGGAAUGCCGUCAGACUAGUGUUCCCGUGCGCGGCACACGGUGACAUACAGAACGAAGCAACGACCCGUGCACUGUGCAGCGCUUACGUAAGGAAAUAACGCCGUAUCGAGAGAGACAGAGGGGGAUGGAGGGAAGGGGACUAAGAGAGAGAGAGAAGAGACCGAAUGGACCACCUCGUGCUUCGUUUCGUCUAUAUACUAAAGCCGCGUAUUCAACGUGGUCACGUAGUACGCUUGCAAAUGUUUGUGAGCUUUUUGAAAUGUUAAUGGGCGAGCGUGCGUGACAAACGUUUGUCAACCACUUCUACUAAACAAACGUUAGCAAACAAGGGCUUGUUUAUGAGCACCUGUCGCUUACGCAUCGGUACCGCCAGUUUUUAACUUCGACCGUACGGAGGUCGCGGUUAUCAAUGUGCUCUGAAACAUAGAAUGCACAGAAUCGAGAAAUCAGAGUGGUGUAAAUCAGCUCGUUCGCAAUUUUCGUAAAAUAGCGUUUGGUGUUUAUUGUUAUGAAAAAUUGAGUAUACUUCAUGGAGUCGUGAAAACGUAUCGUGGCAGAUAAUAAAGCUAUAACUUAAAAUACA